AAGAAUUGAAACGUUGAUUGCGCAUUUAUUCUCAAAGAAGAACUCGUUUUAAAAAGUGAAGUGAAGGUGUUUUGAUUUUUUUGGAAAAGAAAUAUUAAAUAAUUUGAUCAUCAUGCAAAUUUUUGUGAAGACUUUGACUGGCAAAACAAUCACAUUGGAAGUUGAGCCUUCCGACACAAUUGAAAAUGUGAAAGCUAAGAUUCAGGAUAAGGAAGGUAUUCCCCCAGACCAACAGCGUCUGAUCUUUGCCGGUAAACAAUUAGAAGACGGACGCACACUCUCUGACUACAACAUUCAAAAGGAAUCUACUCUGCAUUUAGUAUUACGGCUGCGAGGUGGUAUGCAGAUCUUCGUCAAAACCUUGACAGGCAAAACGAUCACAUUGGAAGUAGAGCCUUCUGACACAAUUGAAAAUGUUAAAGCCAAAAUUCAGGACAAAGAGGGAAUUCCUCCAGACCAACAGCGUCUCAUCUUUGCCGGCAAACAGUUAGAAGACGGGCGCACGCUCUCCGACUACAACAUUCAAAAGGAAUCUACUCUGCAUUUAGUAUUACGGCUGCGAGGUGGUAUGCAGAUCUUCGUCAAAACCUUGACAGGUAAAACGAUCACAUUGGAAGUAGAGCCUUCUGACACAAUUGAAAAUGUGAAAGCUAAGAUUCAGGACAAGGAAGGUAUACCCCCAGACCAACAGCGUCUCAUCUUUGCCGGUAAACAGUUAGAAGACGGACGCACACUCUCCGACUACAACAUUCAAAAAGAGUCAACACUUCAUUUAGUAUUACGUCUGCGAGGUGGUAUGCAGAUCUUCGUCAAAACUUUGACUGGCAAAACGAUCACAUUGGAAGUUGAGCCGUCUGACACAAUUGAAAAUGUUAAAGCCAAAAUUCAAGACAAAGAAGGAAUUCCUCCAGACCAACAGCGGCUCAUCUUUGCUGGUAAACAGUUAGAAGACGGACGCACACUCUCCGACUACAACAUUCAAAAAGAGUCAACACUUCAUUUAGUAUUACGUCUGCGAGGUGGUAUGCAGAUCUUCGUCAAAACCUUGACUGGCAAAACAAUCACGUUGGAAGUUGAGCCUUCUGACACAAUUGAAAAUGUUAAAGCCAAAAUUCAGGAUAAAGAGGGAAUUCCUCCAGACCAACAGCGUCUCAUCUUUGCCGGCAAACAGUUAGAAGACGGGCGCACGCUCUCCGACUACAACAUUCAAAAGGAAUCUACUCUGCAUUUAGUAUUACGGCUGCGAGGUGGUAUGCAGAUUUUCGUCAAAACAUUGACAGGUAAAACGAUCACAUUGGAAGUUGAGCCUUCUGACACAAUUGAAAAUGUGAAAGCUAAGAUUCAGGACAAGGAAGGUAUACCCCCAGACCAACAGCGUCUCAUCUUUGCUGGUAAACAGUUAGAAGACGGACGCACACUCUCCGACUACAACAUUCAAAAAGAGUCAACACUUCAUUUAGUAUUACGGCUGCGAGGUGGUAUGCAGAUCUUCGUCAAAACUUUGACUGGCAAAACGAUCACAUUGGAAGUUGAGCCGUCUGACACAAUUGAAAAUGUUAAAGCCAAAAUUCAAGACAAAGAAGGAAUUCCUCCAGAUCAACAGCGUCUCAUCUUUGCCGGCAAACAGUUGGAAGACGGGCGCACACUCUCCGACUACAACAUUCAAAAGGAAUCUACUCUGCAUUUAGUAUUACGGCUGCGAGGUGGUAUGCAGAUCUUCGUCAAAACCUUGACAGGUAAAACGAUCACAUUGGAAGUAGAGCCUUCUGACACAAUCGAAAAUGUGAAAGCCAAAAUUCAGGACAAAGAGGGAAUUCCUCCAGACCAACAGCGGCUCAUCUUUGCCGGUAAACAGUUAGAAGACGGACGCACACUCUCUGACUACAACAUUCAGAAAGAAUCUACUUUGCACUUAGUAUUGCGUCUGCGAGGUGGUAUGCAGAUCUUCGUCAAAACCUUGACAGGUAAAACAAUCACAUUGGAAGUUGAGCCUUCUGACACAAUUGAAAAUGUGAAAGCUAAGAUUCAGGACAAGGAAGGUAUUCCCCCAGACCAACAGCGUCUCAUCUUUGCUGGUAAACAAUUAGAAGACGGACGCACACUCUCCGACUACAACAUUCAAAAAGAGUCAACACUUCAUUUAGUAUUACGUCUGCGAGGUGGUAUGCAGAUUUUCGUCAAAACCUUGACAGGUAAAACGAUCACAUUGGAAGUUGAGCCUUCUGACACAAUUGAAAAUGUGAAAGCUAAGAUUCAGGACAAGGAAGGUAUUCCUCCAGACCAACAGCGUCUCAUCUUUGCCGGUAAACAGUUAGAAGACGGACGCACACUCUCCGACUACAACAUUCAAAAAGAGUCAACACUUCAUUUAGUAUUACGGCUGCGAGGUGGUAUGCAGAUCUUCGUCAAAACUUUGACUGGCAAAACGAUCACAUUGGAAGUUGAGCCGUCUGACACAAUUGAAAAUGUUAAAGCCAAAAUUCAAGACAAAGAAGGAAUUCCUCCAGAUCAACAGCGUCUCAUCUUUGCCGGCAAACAGUUGGAAGACGGGCGCACACUCUCCGACUACAACAUUCAAAAGGAAUCUACUCUGCAUUUAGUAUUACGGCUGCGAGGUGGUAUGCAGAUCUUCGUCAAAACCUUGACAGGUAAAACGAUCACAUUGGAAGUAGAGCCUUCUGACACAAUCGAAAAUGUGAAAGCCAAAAUUCAGGACAAAGAGGGAAUUCCUCCAGACCAACAGCGGCUCAUCUUUGCCGGUAAACAGUUAGAAGACGGACGCACACUCUCUGACUACAACAUUCAGAAAGAAUCUACUUUGCACUUAGUAUUGCGUCUGCGAGGUGGUAUGCAGAUCUUCGUCAAAACCUUGACAGGUAAAACAAUCACAUUGGAAGUUGAGCCUUCUGACACAAUUGAAAAUGUGAAAGCUAAGAUUCAGGACAAGGAAGGUAUUCCCCCAGACCAACAGCGUCUCAUCUUUGCUGGUAAACAAUUAGAAGACGGACGCACACUCUCCGACUACAACAUUCAAAAAGAGUCAACACUUCAUUUAGUAUUACGUCUGCGAGGUGGUAUGCAGAUCUUCGUCAAAACUUUGACUGGCAAAACGAUCACGUUGGAAGUUGAGCCUUCUGACACAAUUGAAAAUGUUAAAGCCAAAAUUCAGGACAAAGAGGGAAUUCCUCCAGACCAACAGCGUCUCAUCUUUGCCGGCAAACAGCUAGAAGACGGGCGCACACUCUCCGACUACAACAUUCAAAAGGAAUCUACUCUGCAUUUAGUAUUACGGCUGCGAGGUGGUAUGCAGAUCUUCGUCAAAACCUUGACAGGUAAAACAAUCACAUUGGAAGUUGAGCCUUCUGACACAAUUGAAAAUGUGAAAGCUAAGAUUCAGGACAAGGAAGGUAUUCCUCCAGACCAACAGCGUCUCAUCUUUGCCGGUAAACAGUUAGAAGACGGACGCACACUCUCCGACUACAACAUUCAAAAAGAGUCAACACUUCAUUUAGUAUUACGUCUGCGAGGUGGUAUGCAGAUCUUCGUCAAAACUUUGACUGGCAAAACGAUCACAUUGGAAGUUGAGCCGUCUGACACAAUUGAAAAUGUUAAAGCCAAAAUUCAAGACAAAGAAGGAAUUCCUCCAGAUCAACAGCGUCUCAUCUUUGCCGGCAAGCAGUUAGAAGAUGGGCGCACUCUUUCGGAUUAUAACAUUCAAAAAGAGUCCACUCUUCACCUCGUUCUCAGGCUACGCGGUGGUGGCAUUUAAAAAUAUUGAAAUAAAGUAACAUUUUCGGAAUUAA